UUCAACAUGGCCGCUUCCUGUUGAAGAAACGAUUCACUAAUAAAACUGUUCCAAAAAGAUCCAUAGUUUCACGGGAAAGGAGGCAUAAUAUUUUAGUUGCUCUGGAGUAUUUUACCAUUAUUAGUUCAUUGAUCGAAAGUCUCGGGUUCAGAGUAAGAACAAAAGCAAAGACUUAAAGUGAGCCAUGGCAGACACGUUUGAUGACCGCAUGCUGGGAGAGAAGGGACAAUAUUAUUACAGUAGUGACGAAGAGAGUGGAGAUGACGAUAAUGACAGCGGUGACGACCGACGGAAGACAGUCAAGGGGGCCUCUGUGGAAGCUCCACCACCACCAGAUAUGGAUUUUUCUGGUGGCGGCGCUGCAAAAAAUACGGGACCUAAAGGUGUGAUAGAAGACUGGAGGAGAUACAAGCAGCUGGAGACGGAGAAGAGAAAGGAACGGGAAGAGGAGAGGAGUGCUCUCGCUAAACAACUCGCUCUUACUUGUCGAUCAUAUCUUGAUGAUGAAAAAGCUAAAGACCAACAGAACGAUGAGGAGGAGGAGAUGAUGAUGCUUGGCUUCGAUCAGGAAUUCUUGAAGCAAUACAGAGAGCAGAGGAUGCGAGAAAUGAUGGCCACUCUGAAGCAUAAUCGACCGUUGUUUGGUAAAGUGAUCCAGCUCAAUCGAGAGAACUUUGUGGAUGCCAUUGACAAAGAAAACCAAGGUGUAGCAGUCAUCAUUCACAUCAGCUCUCCGGCAGUACCAGCAUGUGAUGCCAUGAAUGGUUGUCUCCAUUGCCUAGCUCAAGAGUAUAACCACAUCAAGUUUUGCUGCAUACAUGCGUCAGACGUCAACCUUAGUCAGAACUUUAUCCAAAAUGGCCUCCCAGCUUUGCAAAUCUACAAGGGUGGUGCUCUGAUCGGCAACUUUGUGAGAUUGUCCGACCAGCUGGGUCAAGACUUUUAUGCUGGCGACUUGGAGACAUACCUGCAAGAGCACAGUCACCUACCAAGCAAAGAAGAGCAAGAAAUGAUACGAGCCCAGAACGGACUCCAAGAAGACAGCGAUGACAGCGACCUCGAACUGGACUGAGUUCAAACGUCAAGUGAGUACACCUCAUUCAGAAAGCCGAUGAGCCAACAGUUUAUCAUAUCAGGUGAUACUUGUAGAGGUCCAGUUGGAUUUUAUUUAGUCCAUCCAGACGGAUUUGAGUUUCAUCAGUUUGCUGUUUAGCAUGCAGGAGCUGUUGGAGGAGGGGUCCAUUACUGCGUGAUUAUACAACCCCGAUGCGUGCAGGUGAGCAGGGUAAGAGUAAAUUGCACUGGACUGAUGGUCCGGAUUUAGUUUCAUUCCUUCUUGCCGCUAACGACAAUGCAAGAUUAGCCUGGCUGUUACAUUCUAAAAACAAACUUGGUUGUUUUGUGUGUUAUGCGUUAGAUUUUAGGUUAAGGGUCUGGUUUGUGAUUCACAUUUUGUGAAAAAGGUAAAAAAAAAAAGGUUCACAAUUGAGCAUUGAAAAGGUGGAAUCAAUUCACAGUUUGCCUUGUAUUUUUAUCAUCAUACCUUGAAGGAACCAGACUAUAUUCUACUAUUUCAUAGCUUCUGUUUGGUCACUGAAAAAUCUUGCUGAGAAGAAACAGGUUACCAGUCUAAAUAAAAUGUAGUGUGUAUUAACUUGUAGCUGGUUACCCUUUGCAAAUUUUUGCUGCACAGAUAAAAAUGACAAAGCCUUAACAGCUUUAAGGAGUCCAUACCAGUAAGUUUGUUGAUUCUACUUAAAGGGUCAUAGAUUGCAAUGCUGACUAUUAUACAACAUUAUUAUGAAAUAUAGAAGAGUUUGCGGUAACACCAUGUAAUAACUAUCUCUAAAUGA